CCUUUACUCUGUUGUGUCGACCAUCCGAACAAAAACAAGUGUUUUCUGUCUGGUCCAGCAAGUACCUAACGGACUAGAAAGAAAGAGAAAUGGGCGUGGAGUGAAAAAGAGUUCAAGUGAUCAGCCCACGGAAUAUAUGUGAAGAGUGGAACGGAGUAAGCUGCCAUAAACUCUGGAUCUUAGAGAGCGUCAGUCAAACAAGUCAACAUCCAAAGCACCCUCCACAGCAAGACCUGUGAAAAUGUCGUCUACAAGGUCCAGCGUCCGCCGUUUGGCUUGCGUCACGGGCCAUUUUCAUCAACCUGCAGCUUCGUUUUGCAGCGGGUCCCCAGCUAUUUCAGAGAAAGUUUUCGCCAAGGGGUCAGCCCUCCCACCUCUCACCCCAGGACGGCUGCGGCUGUAUAGCAUGCGACUCUGCCCGUGGGCUCAAAGGACACGCUUGGUGCUGGCUCACAAGAACAUUCCGUAUGAAACGGUCAACGUUCACCUGGCAAAGAAGCCUAAGUGGUUCUGGGAGCGGAACCCGGUCGGCCUGGUGCCGGUGCUGGAGCGGGAUGGUAUGGUGCUGUGUGAGUCCUCGGCCACCUGCAUGUGGCUGGACGACGCCUUCCCGGAGAACAGACUACAGUCCAGCGACCCGUACAUCCGCGCCUGGGACCGUGUACUGGAGGAGUACUACGGACGGCUUGCCUCAAGUUUGUAUGGGCUUCUGAAACCUGAUGAGAGUGAAACGGCUCUGAAACAAGUACACAAGUGUUAUGCCUACUAUGAGGACGUCCUGGUGAAAAGAGGCGGUCCUUUCUUUGGAGGAUCCAAGCCUUCUCUGAUCGACUACAUGGUGUGGCCGCACAUGGAGAGGAUCCCAGCAGUCUCGGAGAAAUGGGCCCCGGCGGCCGCGCUGGACAAGGCCAGGUACCCCAAACUGGACGCCUGGUACCGGAGCAUGUACCAACUGCCCGCUGUGAAGGACACCAUGUUUGAUCACGAGACGCAUCGCCAGUUUCUGAUAUCUCUUAGGGAGAAAACAUAUAAUUACGACAUCGGUUUGUGAGCGGAAGGACACUGGUAUGAGGACACGGGGAUGUUUGAAGUGAAUUGAAGAUGGUUUUUUUUUUAACAUAGUCAGUGAAAAACUUGCUAUUAUAUUGACGUGAUUGGCUUAGGAGAGGAUGACAUUCGAAGCUGAAUUUUUAUGUGGACAAUGAAUAUGUACAAUUAUGUCUUCGGCUUACGACGAGUUGGACUUUUGUAUCUGAAUUGAAGCUGAAUUUUUAUGUGGUCAAUGAAAAUGUAGACUUAUGUUAUUGACUUGUGAGAGAAUGGACUCUUAGUAGUCUUAGACAUCUGAAGACGAAUAUUUUUGUGAUCACUUAUGUCAUGGGCUUGCGAGGAGAUGCCUCUGCGAUGUUCAAAGCUGGAUUUUUAUGUGGUCAGUGAAAAACUAAGCUUUCAGUGUUGAAAUGUGAGAUAACACUUAAAUCAUUGCUUAAUCCUAUAUGUACGUAGUGUUAUACUAUCGUAUCCAUAUGACGUGGGGAACUCUGUGACAUCACUUUACAGAGAGGAAAUUUACUCGUUAGU